AUGUCUGCCAAUGAUGAAUAUUCUUCUGAUGAAGAAUCUUUUGAUGAAUCUACAAAAUCCAAGGUACUUUUGGGUUUUGUUGAUGCUCCUAUAAUAAGUGAUGCCAGCAACCCUGAAGAUAACGAUCUUCCAACCAUUGAAGAUACCUUCAUAGGUGGACAACCAGUGUGGUUGCAUCCAGAUUCCAAACCUGCAGAAAAAUCGUUAACGUGUGAUGUGUGUAAUGGAAAAUUGGCUUUGUACUUACAGGCAUUUGCACCAAUAGAUGGCAAAUUAUAUGAUAGGGUGAUUUAUUUAUUUGGAUGUAAAAAUACAAAGAGUUGCUCAGGUAAAAAGGGGAGCAUUAAAGUGAUUAGAGGAAUUAUUAAAGAUUCUGAAACUGUUAAUAGAAUCAAAAUGGAAAAUCAGGAAGCAUUGCAAAGGGAUAUGGAUGCUAAGUUGAAGUUGGAGAAACAAAAGAAGUUUAAUGACGAAUUGACAAAAGACUUGUUCAAAAAAAAAGAUACGACACAAGCAUCAAAUCCAUUUUGUGGGAACAGUAAUCCCUUUUCAAAUCCAUUUGGUCAGAAUCCAUUUUCUAAGAAACCUGAAGAAGAAAAGGAAGAGCAAAAAGAAGCCGGAAAAUCCAAAUCGUAUGCAGAUGUUGCCUCUCAAAACGCUCCCAAACCUAGACCUGUGAAAAAGUUACAAGACGACCUCCCGGAAUAUCGUGGGUCAUUUGUAUACGUUGAUAAUGAAAAAUUUAAAAAAAUACUGGGUGACCCUGAAUUGGAAAAAUAUAAACACUUGAUAGAGAAAGAAGAGUACGAUGAGCUGGAUAUUCUAGAGAAACUGAGUUCAUCUGCAUCAGCUUCAGGAUUAGAUAACCCUCAAGCUAAUCAGAUUUCAAAUAUGUUAAACGACAAGUAUUUUGAGAUGUUUUCCAAUACAGUCAAACACAAUCCUGGACAAGUCUUACGAUACGAUCUUGGAGGUAAGCCAUUAUUAUAUAGUGGUAAAGAUGAUGUUGCAAAGAAAUUUUUGGCACAACCAGCGAAUAUUCCCAGACCAAGUUUCAAUCCGUCUAGUAAACGGAGAUUUGAAUUACAAUUGAUGCCCAAGGCAAUAAUGGAUUUGGAAGAUCUUGGGAACAAUAAAAAUGUGGAAAUUAAUGAUAUACUCAACGGAAUGUCUUGGGGAACCAUUAUAGUAUGCACUGAUGAAGAAGAUUUCAUACCAGAGGAAAAUUUCGAUGCCAAUCAAGUUGGAUAUAUAGAAGAAUGGUGUGGAGUUCAAUGGGAAGAAAGUGUGUAA